CUUGAAACAGACUUUUGGGAAAGAAACAGAAGCCAUUCGGCUUAUUGCAAUUCAGAACCAGUUUGAAAUGAUAUUUUAAGCUAAAAGAAAAAAACUUUCUGAAAAGCAAUUUCAAUUUUCACGCAUUUGGAAUUGUAAACACUACAGAGAGACCUUCAGCCUCCUGAGCACUGAACUCUCGGUCAUUAUCCAGCGCUCUGGACCUCAGGCAGCUAUAAAUGGGUGAUCAGUCACGGUUUAUGACUCUUUUCUGUAUCAGCAUUAGGUGUAAUACAUGCAGUCAGAAGUGGCAUUUCUCAUUCACACACCGAGCUUCUGAUCGAGGACAGCAGUGGACAUGAAGGGGUAUUUGGGCUUUUUUUUGCUGAUCGCUGUCCUCACGGCCUACAUGUGGAGAGAUACGUUUGAUCCAGAGUCUGUUCGGGGGGCCCGAGUGUUGAUCACAGGGGCCAGUUCAGGCAUCGGGGAGCAGAUGGCCUACCAUUACGCAAAGUUCGGAGCUCAGAUCGUCAUCACUGCCAGACGAGUAGAUGCUUUGAAAAAGGUGGUGCAGGAGUGUGUGAAACUGGGUGCAAAGAAGGCGAUGUAUGUGACCGGAGACAUGUCUGACCCCGCCGACCCCGAGAGAGUCUUCAAAUACGCUGUGGAGAAACUGGGUGGGCUGGACUUUCUAGUGUUGAAUCAUGUUGGAAACACCAACGUUGAACUCUGGAAUGGAGACUCCGAUCACGUCAGGUCACUCAUGCAGGUGAAUUUUGUGAGUUAUGUGCAAAUGGCCACAGCAGCUCUUCCUGUUCUGGAAAUGUCCGGUGGAUCCAUCAUGGUAGUGUCUUCAGUGGCAGGUAAGCUGGCGAGUCCGUUCGUGGCUCCGUAUACCGCUACCAAGUUUGCUAUGAACGGUUUCUUUGGAGCGCUGCAGAAUGAACUGGCACUCAAGAAGAGCAACGUGUCGGUUUCCAUCCUGAUCCUCGGACUGAUAGACACAGAAUCAGCCAUGAAUAAGAUCAGGGGAUAUGCCACGAUGACCGCCUAUCCCGCCAGUGAAGCUGCUCUGAGCAUCAUCAAAGCCGGGGCGACCCAUCAGAGAGAGGCCUACUACCCCUGGUUCCACUACUUCACCUGCCUGAUCAAUAACAUCUUCCCCUUCAUGAAGGACAUUCUUCUGUCAGGCCUCAGCGCGGAGUUAAUGGACUAAAACAUCUGCAUAGUUUAAUGUUCAGAGACAUUAAAGCUGCAGUCCGUAACGUUUUUUGGUUAAAAAUGAUCCGAAAUCAAUAUUUGAGCAAGUACAUAACCAGCCAUUGUUCAAAACUAUCGUCUUACUUUAGCCCGAUUCACAUCGGAUAGCUUAUAAUAAUGUUUUCUCAUUUGAGUGGUACGGGUAGGUUUUCGUGUGAAAUUCGAGCAUGCUGCUGCGUCAUUACGUCACGUCUGUAACAUAAAAAAGUUGUCCCAGCUACUAGGCUAUCACAUGUGAGGAUCCUGCAGGUGACGAGUCGUUUAUAGCCUUUUCUCACUGCAGCUAGAAUAAUUAAAUGUAUCAUUUUGAUUAUGUGAAAGGAUUAUGUGUUUAUGAAUGAUCAGAUUACAGAUAGCCUGGGAUUGAUUACACAAGAUUUGUAUUUUAAAGAAAACCAGUUCGAAGGGAGCAUAAUUAGCUUUUUGGGUUAAAAUAAUUUAUUAAAAAUGAAAUUCGAAUGGCAUGACAAUUAGAGAUUAGACUGUACAGAAAUUGAAAUCUACAUGUUAAGACACACUAUACUCAUAGUCACGCAAUGCUGAUGUUGUUAACAUUAAUAAUUUGAGAAUAAAGUAUAACAAUAAUAAUAACUUGCACGGUUUGAUGUGAUAUGAGCUAACCGAUCGUUAGAUUUAAUCACCAUUGGUAGCGAGAUUUAUUGUAAUGCUUUUUUCCUCAGUUGGUCAAGUCAAGUCAAGUCACUAUUAUUUGUGUAGCACUUUUAGGAGGAGAAUAGUGUCAUUCUCCUCUGGCCAGACAAAAUCAGCAGUCUAAAUCUAGGCUAAAGCAGAGUCAGAUUGUGCAGAGGACUCAUCUGGUUCCUGUGGUCUUGUCCUGAUGGCUGUCUAAGAGACAGGGUCUUCACUGGGGAUCAGUCUCUGGGGCUCAUCUACAUGUCCUGGUCUCCGCUGACGUUCAGGGCUGUAGAGGUCAUCUCUAGGUGCUGAUCCACCAUCAGAUCUGGAUACAGACUGGAUCUGGGUGGCUAAGGUGACCUCGGAAUAAGAAAGAAACAGACUAAUAUUAGCGUAGAUGCCAUUCUUCUAACGAUGUAACAAGUACAUCGGGUGUUUUGGGAAGUGUUCCCGGUUCCGGUUGACCUAAUUAAUGCAGCCUAACAAUCCUUUAACAGAUCUGAAUUAUAGAAAUGCGAUAGUGUAUUAUGUGUAAGCCAGGUUAAAGAGAUGGGUCUUUAAUCUAGAUUUAAACUGAUGUUGGUCAGAACAAAUGUAGCAGACUUGUUACUUGUUCAGAUGACAAUAUACAGUGAAAAUUCUGAUUUGGGUCAUAUAUUACUUGUUCAAGGUUCUACCUUGGUGCUCUAUUAUAGUGGACAGAACAAUGUGCUAAACAUAACUAUCGACACCAGACGCCACUCACCUUGUCCUGGAUCAUGAUUCAAGCAACUUCAAGCACUUCCCACGCAAGGAAGAUAAUUCCUCACACAGCUGCAAUUCUAGGUUUUCAAAUAGAGAUGGCAAAACUUACGGACUGCAGCUUUAAAGCCACAGUAUGUAAGAUUUGUACCUUGAAAUAUCAGUUUCAAAAUCAUUCUGACAUUCCAAACAUGUUCUGGGAAUUUGAAAGUUAAGCGGGUCAGAAAUUACGUGAAAAGGGCAAACUGCUUUAUGACAGCAACAAAUGCACGUGUACAGCUAUAUGGCAGGGGGCUACAUACAAACGGGAUUUUUCAUUAUGAAUUGUUAUUCAUUGUGAUAAAUUAAUGUUUUAUGUGCACUUGAGGCAAUUUUUACAUAUAGCCAGUAGAUCAUUGUAAUCAGUAGUUUUUAUUAAAAUAUUAUAUUUAUACCCCGAUUUAAAAACCCACAUACAAUACGAGCCAACACAACAUUGUAAAUAAUACAAAAAGCACAAUCAAUUCAUUAUAAAAUCAGUCACAGAACAAAACAUUCAACACAAGACGCUAUUAAUCACACUUAGGGAAUUAUUUCAUAAUAUUUCUUAAGAACUCAGUCAGUGCUUAAUUAUUAAAAUGUUUAUGUAUUUAUUUGUGACAUUGUUUAAUUAAUUUUUGAACUCCACCAAGACUCUGUGCCUUUGGGAUUUGAACUUGCAAAUAUAUAUAAUGUUUAAUUAAAUUCAAUUAAUUAAACACCACAUCAGUUUGUGAGUCUGUAUCCGCCGUCUUCAUUUAAAAACAAAUGUUGAAAUAUUAACGUCAGAUGUGGGAGUUGCAAAACUUUACCAGAAUGAACAAUGUUCUCCUUCCCCUGUGUGAUUUCUUUUUCUUUUUUUUUCUCUCCCCAAAAAAAGAAAAUCUAAUUGGAGACCCAAACCGUUUCCCAUGAGCGCUGUGGGACUCUGAGCACGAGUUUGCUGAAACCACUGAAGGAUGUAAAAUCUGAAAUUAAACUGUUGUUCCUCUGGUUAUUGUGACUCAAUUCAUUUCCAUUUGUACAAGUCAUUUAUAAUUAAAUAUUUGAAAGUCUCCAACCAUUAAAUGCUUUUUCUGGUGAAGUUGUGCCAUUGUUAAAGUUCUGAAAGUGUAAUCAUAAUAAAAACAUUACAUGUGUUAUGUUA